CUAGUCUUGGAAACCCAAAAUCUAUAUUACGAUCGUCGUACAUCACUGAUCAAAUCCACUAACAUUAAAAAUGAUCAAAUACAAAAAUAUAAAGAACGCAGAGAUAAUCAGAGAUAAUCAGAUAAACAUUGUAGAAUAUGAUCGGAAAUGUACCUAAACCUCGUCGGCACAAAAUUGUUGAAUUGUGUUUGUGUAGUUCGUUUCAAAAUUGUGUUUGUGUAGCUCACGCUAUUUUCAACCUGUACGGAUGUACCAGUGUCAAAAUAAAGUGAGAGAGGGAGUCGAAAUAAAGUGAAUUGGGCCUCCUAAACACUCAAUUAUGGGCCAUAUCUACUUAUGGUCAUCUCGGGUAUAUGUAAGCUCCGGAUCGGGUCGGUUUGAUUGAUUUCAGUCAACUGCCGGUAUGGUGGGUUGCGGUAGGUAGAGAAUUGUUUGCCACACAAACGAACUACUGUACCCUCCACUUUGUUAUUUUCUUGAGCUUGAAGUUCCAAUUCGUAGACGCCAUUGCUUAGAAAAAGUAGUAAAGUUGUAUCGUCUCCUUCUACCAACAAUCUGAAGAAGCCGAUGUUAGCGGCUACUCAGCCGGCGCCUGCGACUGCACGAAUGGCUCGAUCUGGUCGUUCUGAAUGGCAGAGCAGUUGCGCUAUUCUAACAAGCAAGGUUGUUUCUCAAGAGCAAUCUGAAUCUUUACCGGUUCCUCCAGUUUCCGGCGGAGUUGAUCACGUGCCUGCCGUUAACGGCAAUCACAGCGCCGCACGAAUGAAUCUAGUUCCGAUUGAGAAAUCUGAUAGCAAUCCAUUGGUCCUCCAGCAGCAUCGUCAGAAGCCUCUCAGCAUGUCGGAUCUCUCACCGGCUCCGAUGCACGGAUCUAAUCUACGUGUCGCGUAUCAAGGUGUUCCCGGCGCUUACUCUGAAGCAGCCGCUGGUAAAGCUUAUCCUAAUUGCCAAACUGUACCUUGCGAUCAAUUUGAGGUAGCGUUUCAAGCGGUGGAGCUUUGGAUCUCAGAUCGCGCUGUUUUACCGGUUGAGAACUCCCUCGGCGGUUCUAUUCACCGUAAUUACGAUCUUCUCCUCCGUCAUCGUCUUCACAUCGUCGGCGAAGUUCAGCUCCCUGUUCACCACUGUCUCUUGGCUCUUCCCGGUGUUCGCAAGGAGUUUCUCACGCGCGUGAUCUCACACCCUCAAGGACUCGCUCAGUGCGAGCGCACGCUUACGAAGCUGGGACUCAAUUUCGCACGUGAAGCCGUCGACGACACCGCAGGAGCCGCUGAGUUCAUCGCCGCUAACAACCUCCGCGACACAGCCGCAAUCGCGAGCGCACGCGCCGCUGAGAUUUACGGUUUGGAGAUUUUAGAAGACGGGAUCCAAGACGACGCGAGUAACGUGACGCGCUUCGUGAUGCUGGCGCGUGAGCCAAUCAUACCUAGAACUGAUCGGCCGUUCAAAACUAGCAUCGUCUUCGCUCACGAUAAAGGCACGAGCGUGCUAUACAAGGUACUCUCGGCUUUUGCCUUCAGAGACAUCAGUUUGACGAAGAUCGAAUCGAGGCCGAAUCAUAACCGCCCGAUAAGGCUUGUCGAUGAUGCUAACGUAGGGACGGCGAAGCAUUUCGAGUACAUGUUCUACGUCGACUUUGAGGCCUCCAUGGCGGAGACGCGUGCUCAGAAUGCGUUAGCCGAGGUUCAGGAGUUCACAUCGUUCUUGCGUGUGCUGGGAAGUUAUCCCAUGGAUAUGACUCCUUGGUCACCAUCAUCAUCAUCAUAUACUCCAUCAUAACCAUACUAUGCAAGUGAUACAAACUAUCAGCCUGCAAGCUAUACAAGUGUAAAUGUAAAUCUGUAGAAAUAAAACGAAGUUUAUAUAUGUUGAUCCGUGUUGUAAAUUUAUAAAAUUAGCUUGUACAUUUUCAUGCGGCA